AGUAAAGAGGAACACCAUGUCCGAACAAGAACCCACCCCCGCCGAGCUUGCCCGCCGCGACGAGGAAGAAAAAGCCCGCAAGGCCCAAGAAGCCGCCGAACAAGCCCAGCUGCCGUACAAAUGGACGCAAACGAUCCGCGACGUGGACGUGACGAUCCCGGUCGCUGCGAACCUGCGUGGUCGGGAUCUGGAUGUGCUUCUUACUAAGACGAAGAUUCGUGUUGCGGUGAAGGGGCAGGAUGCUGUGAUUGAGGGCGAAUACCCCCACCCCGUCCUCCCGGACGAAUGUUCCUGGACCCUCGAAUCCACCUCCCACCCCCCCGGCAAAGAAAUCGUCAUCCAUCUGGACAAAGUCAACAAGGUAGAAUGGUGGCCGCAUGUGGUGGUCGGGGCGCCGAAAAUCGACGUGAGCAAGAUUACGCCGGAGUCGUCGUCGUUGAGUGAUUUGGAUGGCGAGACCCGUGCCAUGGUUGAGAAGAUGAUGUAUGAUCAGAGACAGAAGGAGAUGGGCGGGUUGACGAGUGAUGAGCAGAAGAAGAGGGAUAUUUUGAGGAGGUUUCAGGCGGAUCAUCCUGAGAUGGAUUUCUCGAAUGCGAAGAUUGGUUAGGGUGAGGGUGUAGUGGUAUGGAGUUAUGAUUAUAAGUUGUUGCAUACGCUUUCAUUGUACUAUGCUGUAUCAGUCGUAUCGGGGCUUUUGCUCUGUCUACGUCGGCAGUCCUUUGCACGGUCUUUAAGGCCUAUUUUUGCAGCCGACCCUAGGUGAAAGCAUUAGUGUCGUUGUUGAUUGUAAGUGUCAGCAACAAGCAUUAGCUUGGUAUUAACUAGGUGUUUUGACCGUUGUGUCUUAUAGAUGCAUGGUUGUGAUGAGUGGAGCAAUCAUGGACUACUGAUCCAGAGAGAUGCAGGGUUGUUGCUUUGCUAUCUUCUCACUUCAACUUUCCAUCCAUGCGCACAGUUUAUAGUAAUCAUGGCUUACUGGUCAAAGUCAUUUUGCG